AUGUUCAGAAAGUUUCAAAAGGAAGGAAGAAAGAAAGAUGGAAAAGUUAUGUUCUUGAUUCACCAGUGUGUGGAUCCUAAUGUGUUCGAGAAGACAACUAAAGAAGAAACAACCAAAGGAAUGUGGGACAAGUUGAAGAGCUUGUACGACAGAGAUGAAAAGCUAAAAAGGGUGAAGUUGCAGACGUUGAGAAAGCAAUUUGAGAUGUCUCGGGUGAAGGAAGAUGAACAAGUCUCUAAAUGCUUUUCACAUGUGGUACUGUUAACAAAUCAGAUGAAAUUGUGUGGUGACUCAAUCAGUGAUUUGCAAAAGAUUGAGAAAGUGUUGAAAUCGCUGACUGCAAAUUUUGAUUAUAUUGUAGUGUCAAUUGAAGAGUCAAAGAACCUAAUUGAGAUGAAGUUAGAAGAACUUCAAGCUUCAUUAGAGGCUCAUGAGAUGAGGCUGAAAUAG